ACACCUCAACCCCCUCCCCAAAUCAAGGACAACAGUCAUAGAUUGAAACAGUAUUUAUCGUGGAGUAUUCCACAGACCCGUGCGCUGUCUUCGUUGACAUGCAACGAAAAGCGCCCUGCAACUAACAUGCAACUCGCACGAAAGGUAAACUUAGAGUGAGAGGCAGAGGGGAGAGGAGACGGGACACCACUGAUGCUUAAGGAUGCAUCGUUUUUUGCAUUUUAUUUACAAGACCAAUUAACUGGAAUUAAUUACUUCACAAGACAGAAAGCGGCAGUAAUAUAAAAUACUUGAAUUUUUGUUCGUGUAGCCAACGCAAUCAGGUUUUAAUGUAUGCGUUUUAUCUGUUAGUUAGUUGUUUUUACGCAUUGGAAACUAUUUGUCGCAAAUGAACACAGACGCGACCAAUGGGUACCACCAGUAGCUAAGUGAAUUAUCUCCACGUAGAAGGAACAGGUUGGUUCUCCGACCGGAACGUCGCCAGCCUCCGUUGUCGCUCAAGUUAUGUCUGCGCUACGGAGAAAAUUUGGAGAGGACUACCAGGUCGUGAACACCAACAGGGGCAGCACUUACACUGCGCCCGUAAAGAAGAAGCGCCAGAGGUUUGUGGAGAAGAACGGCCGCUGCAAUGUUCAGCACGGGAACCUUGGCGGGGAGACAAGCAGGUACAUCUCGGACCUCUUUACCACCUUGGUGGAUCUUAAGUGGCGAUGGAACCUGCUUAUUUUCAUUUUGACUUACACAAUCGCCUGGCUGGUUAUGGCAUCCAUGUGGUGGAUCAUCGCCUACAUCAGGGGAGACCUAAACCAUGGCCACGACCAGUCUUACACCCCAUGUGUUGCCAACGUCUACAACUUUCCUUCGGCGUUCUUGUUUUUCAUUGAGACGGAGGCUACCAUCGGCUAUGGUUACCGAUACAUCACGGAAAAGUGUCCCGAAGGAAUCAUUCUGUUUCUGUUCCAGUCGCUUCUGGGCUCCAUCGUAGACGCCUUCCUCAUUGGCUGUAUGUUUAUCAAGAUGUCCCAGCCAAAGAAGCGCGCGGAGACGCUGAUGUUCAGCCAAGAUGCCGUUAUCUCGCAGAGAGACGGUAAACUCUGCCUGAUGUUCAGAGUGGGUAACCUGAGAAACAGCCACAUGGUGUCCGCACAGAUUAGAUGCAAACUCAUAAAGUCCCGACAGACUCCGGAGGGGGAGUUCCUGCCCCUGGAUCAGUGCGAGCUGGACGUGGGCUUCGGGACGGGGGCUGACCAGCUCUUCCUGGUUUCCCCCCUCACCAUCUGCCACGAGAUCAAUCCCAAGAGCCCGUUCUUCGACCUGUCGCAGCGCUCGCUCAUGAGCGAGCAGUUCGAGAUCGUGGUGAUCCUGGAGGGCAUCGUGGAGACCACAGGUAUGACGUGCCAGGCUCGGACGUCCUACACGGAGGACGAGGUGCUGUGGGGGCACCGCUUCCUGCCGGUCAUGUCCCUGGAGGAGGGCUUCUUCCGGGUGGACUACUCGCAGUUCCACAGCACCUUCGAGGUGCCCACCCCGCCCCACAGCGUGAAGGAGCAGGAGGAGAAGGGCUCGCUGCCCUCGCCCGUGGCCACGCCCACGCUGUGCUCCGGGCGCGAGCGCGUCUUCUCGGCGGACUGCGCCGAGGCGGCGGCGGCGGGGGGCGAGGAGCGAGCGGGGCAGCGGGCGCUCCCCAGCAAGCUGCAGCGCAUGAGCUCCUCGGGGAGGGACGAGCUCCAGCGGAGGGCACUCACGCUCAGCUCGCAGCCCACCGAGAGGGCCUCCAGCACGGGGGACCUGCCGCUCCGCCUCCAGCGCAUCGGCUCCGCCCCCGGCCACGGCGAGCCCGACGAGCGGCCCGGCCUGCGGGCGCUCAAGGUGGGCUCCGAGCCCGUCAUCCAGUCCGCCGUCUGCCUCAGCCCCGGCUCCGCCCCCGCCCCUAUCCCCGCCCCCCCUGCGGGAGGCCGGCUCGAGGGGAGCCUGCCGGCCAAACUGCGCAGGAUGAACGCCGACCGCUGACGCUGUGUGGGGGGGAGGGGUCUGCUGGCUGUGGACCCCAGGUGGGCGGGGCCAGGGCAGGGAGGUGGGGCCAGAAGGGUCGGUUGACCCAAACGGACUAUAUACGAAUAAAGGACAAUAAUAUAAAGGACCCUUAUAAAAAUAAAGGACAAAGAAAUAAAAGGAGAAAGAUAAUCUGAAUAAAAUGUAAUCACGGUUAAGGGUGGAGGACUUAAAACAUGUUGAACUGGGACUUCUGUGAUCUGUGUAGUUCUCUUUACCUUUGACUGCUUAAAGGAAGCACUGCACUGGAGACCACAUUCAUAUCCACACUGGUACCCCUGUGAUUUCAACCCUUCCCCCCCACAAUCACCCCUCCCCCCGCACUGUGUCCAUGCAUUAAGCGGAAUCUGGCCUUAUCAAAUUCUCAUCUCAUUAAAUGACCAAACUAUAUUUGAACAUAAUAAACGGCACAUUGAUAACUUUA